GUGGGAAGAAUGGCGGGUCAAUUUGCGAAACCAAGGUCAGACCCAUUUGAAGAAGUGAAUGGAGUGAAGCUGCCAAGUUACAAGGGUGACAACAUCAAUGGUGAUGCCUUUGAUGAGAAAUCAAGAAUCCCAGACCCUCACCGGAUGGUGAGGGCUUAUUGCCAAUCGGCAGCAACACUGAACCUUCUCCGGUCCUUCGCCACCGGAGGCUACGCUGCAAUGCAGAGGAUCAAUGAGUGGAAUCUUGAUUUUGCACAGAACAGUGAGCAGGGAGACAGGUACCAUGAGCUGGCGAACCGGGUGGACGAGGCCUUAGGUUUCAUGGCGGCCGCAGGGCUGACCCUAGACGACCCUCAGGUGACAUCUACUGAAUUCUGGACAUCACAUGAGUGUCUAUUAUUGCCUUAUGAACAAUCAUUGACAAGGUUGGAUUCAACUUCUGGAUUAUACUAUGAUUGCUCUGCUCACUUGCUCUGGGUUGGUGAGCGUACUCGCCAACUUGAUGGUGCUCAUGUUGAGUUCCUUAGAGGAAUUGCUAACCCUCUUGGCAUCAAGGUGAGCAACAAAAUGGAUCCAAAUGAGCUGGUGAACCUCAUUGAAAUCUUGAACCCCAAUAACAAGGCAGGAAGGAUAACAAUAAUAGUGAGAAUGGGUGCUGAGAAUUUGAGAGUCAAGCUUCCUCAUUUGAUUAGAGCUGUUCGUAGGUCUGGUCAAAUAGUCACAUGGGUUUCUGAUCCCUGCCAUGGCAACACCAUUAAGGCACCCUGUGGCCUCAAAACAAGACCCUUUGAUGCAAUUUUGAAUGAGGUGAGAGCAUUCUUUGAUGUUCAUGAACAAGAAGGUAGCCAUGCUGGAGGCAUCCAUGUAGAGAUGACCGGACAGAAUGUGACAGAGUGCAUCGGAGGAUCCAACACGGUGACGUUCGAUGAUCUGAGCUCGCGAUACCACACGCAUUGCGAUCCGCGGCUCAAUGCAUCCCAGUCUCUUGAGCUUGCCUUCAUAGUUGCAGACAGGCUAAGGAAGAAGAGGAUUGGAACCAAUGGUUUCCUCUCCAACAAGGCCAAUUAAUAAUUAGUCUUUUAUUAUUAUUUGCUCCUAUAAUAAGUACUUUCUGUUUGUUUGAUUUUUUUUCUUUUUCUUUUUCUUUCUUCUAAGAGGUUAUAUUUACAAAUUAAAAGCCUCUAAGAUAUAGUAGCAAUAAUGUUUCGGUUAAUGCUUGUCAUUUACCGAAACAACCUAAGCUUUUCAUGUGGUUUUUGAAGAUAUAUAUGAUUUUGUGCAUUAUGGGAAUA